UAUAGGGUCACUAUGAGUCAGAAUCAACUCAGUGGCAACGAGUUGAACAGAGAACAAGACGGCAUAAAUGUGGUGCGUCCUGGCUCAGAAAACUCCAUGUUCCCCUCACAGCAGGGUACUGUAAAAUGGUCUUAAAGUAAAGGGGAACGCAGGCCAGAUGCAGGUACUUCAAGGCUGAUAAAAGCACUACUGGGGGGAGGUCUCUUUUUAAAAAUGUAAAUAUGAUCGUGUCCCUCUCCCCUUGCUUUGAACUCUUCAGUGGCAUCUUGGCUGAUUCAGUGGCUGUUUGAAUAAAAAUAUAAAAUUCUAAACAUGCUCUUUGAGGCCUCAUGGGUCAGGGUCCUGCUUUUGACUGUAGCGUCACCUUUUGUCACUCCGUCUGUGCUCGCUCUACGUAAGCCACACUAGCCGCCCUCUGUUCCCCAAGCUCCCUCCUGCCUCAGGAAAGCAGGGUGCGGUGGUUAAGCACUUGGACUUUGGAGCCAGACCACCUGGGUUCUGGUCUCAGCUCUGCCUCUGAAUAGUUCUGUAACCCUGGCCAAGUUUCUUAACAUCUCCAUGUCUCAGUUUUUACAUCUGUAUAAUGGGGAUCUACUAGUACCUCUCUGCUAGUGUUGUUUAAGAAAACUAAACAAGGUAGUAUGCAUGAAGCGCCUGGAAUAGUACCUGGCUUAUAGCAGGUGCUCUGAAAGUGUUAGCUUGGGGCCUUGCUCCCUGCUGGUACACCCUUUCCUGGCAAACUCCCCAUCCUUCGGGUCUAACUAAAAAUCACUGCUUCCGGAAGCCUUUUAAAAUUCCCCCCUCUCCCCACAAAACCAGCUUAGGUAUCCCUACAGUACAUACCCUAAACUUUUUCUUCAGGGGUAUUAAUCACAGUUUUCAUUCGUGAGCUCGACAAAGUCAAGGACCUGACUUGUUUCCACUCUGUCAUUACACAUAGCACAUGUUUGAUGAAUGUGUUGAACGAAUGGGCAGAAAGGGGCCGACGGGGCUGGUGGAGCCUGGCCAGUCCUGCUAGUUGCUGUGCCUCAGCAGGCAGAAGCCGUGAGUAAUUCGAGGGAUGACGGGCCUAUUGUUUCUGCCCUUCCAGAGCACUCUGCUGGUCCAGGCAGGCAGUAUGUCAGUGCUUUCAGCAAUGUCCCUGCCUCGACCCCAGAAGCCAUGGAAGAGAUAAGGUAGCCCCUUCCCCAGACCGGAUGGGGAAGCCCAGUUCAAUGGAUACAAAAUAUAAGGAUGACUUAUUCCGGAAGUACGUGCAGUUCCACGAGGGCAAAGUGGACGCCCCCACCAGCAGGCAGCAGCCUGGCAGCGAUGAGUACCUACGGGUGGCGGCCUCGACCCUGCUCAGCCUGCACAAGGUCGACCCCUUUUAUCGAUUCCGGCUGAUCCAGUUCUACGAGGUGGUGGAGCGCUCCCUGCGCUCCCUGGGCUCCUCCAGCCUGCGGGCCUUGCACUGCGCCUUUAGCCUGCUCGAGACCAUGGGCAUCAACCUUUUCCUCUACCCGUGGAAGAAAGAGUUCAAAAGCAUCAAGACCUACACAGGCCCUUUCGUUUAUUACGUCAAGUCGACGUUACUAGAGGAGGACAUCCGAGCCAUCCUGAAUUACAUGGGCUACAUGCCUGAGUUGGGGACUGCGUACAAGCUCAGAGAGCUGGUGGAGACCCUCCAGGUGAAGAUGGUCUCCUUCGAGCUCUUUCUGGCCAGGGUGGAGUGUGAGCAGAUGCUGGAGAUCCACUCACUCGUGAAGGACAAGGGCUACUCUGAACUGGACGUUGUAAGCGAGCGCAAGACCAGUGCUGAGGACGUGCGUGGCUGCUCAGACGCCCUGCGGUGGCGGGCUGAGGGCAGGGAGCACCUGACAGCCUCGAUGGCCCGGGUGGCACUCCAGAAGUCGGCCAGCGAGCGGGCAGCCAAGGACUACUACAAGCCCCGUGUGACCAAGUCCUCAAGAUCAGUGGACACCUAUGACAGCUACUGGGAGAGCAGGAAGCCGCCCCUGAAGGCCUCAUUGAGCCUGCGGAAGGAGCCUGUGGCAGCAGACUUGGGGGAUGACCUCAAGGACGAGAUCAUCCGCCCGUCCCCCUCACUCCUGACCAUGUCCAGCUCCCCGCACGGCAGCCCGGAUGACCUGCCAACUCCUUCCCCCAACAACGGCCUUGGCCUGUUGCGCGGCACAUACUUCUCCGCUCAGGAUGACGUGGACCUGUAUACAGACUCAGAACCUAGGGCCACAUACCGCAGGCAGGAUGCCUUGCGGCCAGAUGUGUGGUUGGUCAGAAACGAUGCCCACCCCCCGUACCACAAGCGCGCACCCCCCGCCAAAGAGUCCGCCCUCUCCAAGUGCCAAAGCUGUGGUGUGUCGUGCAGCUCCUCCCUCUGCCAGCGCUGUGACAGCCUGCUCGCCUGUCCCCCCGCCUCCAAGCCCAGCGUUGGCCCCAGCAAGGCCUCCGCCCACGACAGCCUGGCCCACGGGGCAUCUCUGCGGGAGAAGUACUCAGGCCAGACUCAGGGCCUCGACCGGCUGCCAUACCUCCAUUCAAAGUCCAAGCCCUCUGCCAUGGCCACCUCCCGCUGUGGCUUCUGUAACCGCCCGGGCGCCACCAACACCUGCACCCAGUGUUCAAAAGUCUCCUGCGACGCCUGCCUCGGCGCCUACCAUUACGACCCCUGCUGCAAAAAGAGUGAACUGCACAAGUUCAUGCCCAACAACCAGCUGAACUACAAGUCCACCCAGUUCUCCCAUCUCGUGUACAGAUAGACUCGACCUUGCACCUUCCUGCUACAAGGGCUACACCACUGACCUUUCUGGUUUCACGGUGAGGAGUAUUAAUGCAUUGAUCUUGGAAGUAGGGGCCUGCACUUGACCAUGUAGGUGCUGGGGGUUCGUGGAGCCGGCUGCACCACGUGGGAGUUCACUUAGCUACCAUUGACUAAGAUGUUUCAACUGAUGGCUGCUUUGUUGUUUGACGAGGGAGAGGGUGGCACUUCC